CAGUUGAAAUGUCGGAGAGUGAACACGAGUUUCUGGUCACGCGUGAGCAAGUGCAAAGUCACGGGGGACGUUCGUCGCUGAUAACCAUUGGACAGAAUAAACACAGCGUAGCUGCAGUGUGUGUGUGGUGGCGCAGAUUCGGUGAAGAAUUGCACACGGCGGAUGCCUCUCGACAACAAAGACGACGACGUCAUUUGCCCCACUAAAAUAAAAAAAAAUAAAAAGAUGAAAAAUAAAAAAGGACUUUUUCAGGCGUAUCUGAGUUUGGAACAUUGCCAAAGAAACAUAAACACACGCUCGCCCUUCUGUUUUCGCAGUAUAAAAAUCGGCGGAAACUCCGGUAACGUCGCAAUUGAAAACCCGCAUCCAUAGCAACUGGAACUGUUCUCUCUCAACUGACAACGAGCGACUGGCGUCAAAUUUCUACAAAAGGGAAUUAUUUUUAAAGUCUUCUUUGACAUCUUUUCGGAAAAAUCACCGCACAUUGUCAAGAUUUUGGGACAUUUCAACUUUACUCCGUUUUAAAAAAAAAAAUGCCUACCGAGUGCACUGCCAAUCCACUCCAGCGGGAAUUGGCCGACAGCAUCAUCCGAUUCUCUCCGUUGGAUGAUCUGAGAAUACUCGUCGCCUGUGGUGCCAGCCCUAAUGAUCAAGUCACACAAGGUUUGCGUCCGCUUCAUUAUGCGGUUUGGCAACGUUACCUCGAAGCUGUCCAAUUCUUACUCGUCCGCGGGAGCGACGUCAAUGCUCGGGAUGACUGUGGAUACACUGCUCUACACCUGAGUGCCGAACACGGCUACACUGAAAUCAUGAGCCUUCUCCUGGAAUACCAAGCCAAAGUGAAUUUCUCUGAUAAAAUCGACGAAGACAAGGUAGAUGCAAACAAACCCAACCUGUGUGACGAACCUCUGCACUUGGCGAUCAAAAAUGGCCAUUACGAAGCAGCUCGAAUGCUGCUCGAAAACGGAGCUAACGUCAAUGCUCGUUACUUUUUCGGCUGUGAAAUCAGUCUCAUCUCAGCGCUAAACCCAGAAGCCAUGGAACUUUUACUGAUGUACGGUGCCUAUCCCGAUUCAAGGGAUCGUUCCGGAUUGACUCCAUUGAUGAAAGCCUGCAGAAAUCCUCAGGCUACAGAAACUGUUUUGAAACUCAUUUCCUAUGGAGCCGAUGUGAAUGCCCAAGCGGAUGAGCGAAACGAUUACAGAUCGGUGCUUCACUAUGCCGUCCUAUCGGGAAAUCGUUCAAUGGUCAGUCUUUUAUUGAAACAAGGAGCCCGAGUCAGACCUUUACCUGGUGAUCCGGCGCUCUCUAAGCCUUCGAUAUUGGAUUUGGCUGUGCUGAAAGGGGACGUCGAACUCGUCAAGAUGCUCAUUGAAGCCGGAGCUGAUGUCAACAACACUUCGUCCAUUCUGGGCUCAGCCUUACAUGUGGCCUGCGCUGACAACAUAGCCAACCGGGCAGAUAUCAUCCGCGUUUUGCUUGAAAAUGGCGCUGAUCCCAACAUUGCAGCCAGGAGCGACGAGGGUUUGCUUCAUCCUUCAGUAUUGGCCGAGUACAUCACUUCCAAUGGCAACAAAGAUAAACUUAGCCACGAUGUUGUAGACUUGCUUCUACGCCAUGGGGCUCAGGUGGUCCUCAAGACACAGCACCGUCAUCCUCUGGGACUGUAUUCUGUCUUACCGAUUAUGGCCAAGCAUCCACGGGUCUUUUUGAAUAUGAUGGAUGCAGCCGAAAGUUUCGAUAACGUCAUGCUCAAGCGCCUCAACAACUUCCCGCCUGAAUUCAAAGAAAUUAUUCUCGAACUCGCCACCAAACCUCUUUCCCUCCAGCAGCAGUGCCGAUUCUUCCUGCGCCAGCACUUGCAACCCAAGAUUCACCUUAAAGUACCUUUGCUCGAAAUCCCCACAAUCCUGCAAUCCUAUCUGCUUUUUGAAAUCAGUUAGUUUAAUAUCGCACGCGCUAUUACUAUAUAUGCACCGCACUGCUGUCCUUUCUCUUCAAUUGUACAAAUGUUACGCUCGUCUUGGGCAAUCGUACUUUUUAAAAAACAAGAAACGACUGGAAUUUGCAAACAAAUUCCAGUUUUGAGAUUAAAAUAUCGUUAUUACUGAAGGAAUACGAGCGGAUAAAUACAAAAGUAAAUUAAAAAGAAAAAAUGUUUUGAGGAUUCGAAAUCUUUUUGAUUCUUCAUUUAGCUGCUACUACAGUCAUAAAUAAUAAUGGAAAAAAAAAUUUAAAUUCUCAACAGGAAUUUCUGAAAUCAAUGAAUAAACUGAAACAUAAUUUUUCUGCUCUCCUAUGCCUGUUAAACCCAAUAAUGAAGUAAGAUUGAUUAUAAUGCAUGAAUAAAAGAAAAGUUUAAUCAUCA